AUGCGGGGGUGGUGCGCGCGGUGGAGCGGAUCAGGGCGCGCGAGGCUGCGCUGGCUGGCGGCACUCGUAUGCUGGGGCGCGCUGGCAGCACUUGCGUUGCCGCGUCUGCAUCCCGCACCCCCACGUGCUCGACCUGUACCCCCUGCCCCACCUGGGCGUCUCCUGCUCCAGUCUGAAUCGGGGUCCACGGCGGCGCCGCCAUCCACUCCAGCGCCGGUCCUGCGCCCCGCCACCGACACACGCGUACUUUCCGAGGACGAACUGCGAGCCGAUGCCGAGCGUCGUCUCCCGUCUCUCCCACUCGCCUACUGGCAUCGUCAUAGAAAUGAUAAAAACAAAUUUUACAAGAAAAAGGACUGCGCCCCGUUUCCCUCAAUAUAUGACCUUGAGUUUCACAAUACCUAUUGGCAAACACUGCGUGUAAAAACUGAUGUUUUCCAUUUCUAUGGAGCUUACAUGGAUGCUCGGAACACAUCACGUAUUGGCCCCGCGGUCCGGGUUUUGGCAGUUCAUGAUCGCAUCAAGCCAACGUUGGCUACACACUGUCAGCUGUGGUUCGAAGAAAGAGAUGCCCCCGUGGUUGUCCGUAACCUGGAGUAUAAAUACGUGUGGAAUAGUAAGUGGGGAAAUUAUAGAGACGGAGUUCUUCAGCCGUAUUUAAUGGCGUGUGUAUUACCGGCUGAGGUGAGGCACCUUGUGCCUGCUUCUGUAUCCAUUGUGGCUGACCCUUGUGAUCGGGCAACAAACAAUUUGAGAGUACACAACGAUCGUCCACAACCACCGGCUACACAGAAAGAAUUUGCCGUUUGUGUUAAGGGACUAGAUUUUCUACACGAAGAUCUUUCGGUCCGUCUCGUUGAGUGGAUAGAAAUAAUACGUUUGCUAGGAGCAGACAAAAUAUUCUUUUAUGAACUACAGGUACAUCCAAAUAUAACAAAGGUUUUAAAUUAUUAUAACGCACUUGGAGUGACCGAAGUCACGCCUAUUACUCUUCCUGGUGGUCAACCGAAUCUGCCGGGAUUGCAACACAUGUAUUUAAAAAAGAAAACGACGCACAAACGACAAAUGGAGCUGAUACCAUAUAAUGACUGCUUGUAUCGCCACAUGUACCAAUAUCGAUGGCUGGCACUGCUCGAUAUCGACGAAGUUAUAGUGCCCUUGGAAGAUAGGGACUGGAGUUCGCUGAUGAAGCGGAUUUUGCCAUUGUCAAAGCCGGUUCCGGGCAAACCACCGCGAUCUUCAUAUCAUGCUUCUAAUUUGUACUAUCUGGAUUCGCUGCGACACGAACAUGGUUGGGAAGAGGGUGUGCCACGAUAUCUACACAUGUUGCAGCAUGUCUAUCGUACCCGCAAUUUUACUAAGCCUGGUCAGUAUGUAAAAGCGUUCCAUGAGACUGAAAGGGUACUGGCUUUGCACAAUCACUUUCCUCUGGCAUGUCUCGGAGGCGUAUGCUCCUCGUACGCAAUAGAGACCCAACACGCACGGCUCCAGCACUACCGCGCAGACUGCGUCACCGCACUCAGCAAGUCCUGUGCAGAGUUACGCGCCCAGCCCGUACGAGAUACGGCGUUGUGGCGCUGGCGGACGCCUUUAAUAGCGCGUGCGGAUGCUGCACUAACAGCGCUAGGUUUUCUGCCUAACACGCAACCUACUCCCUCCACCCCUCACCGGUGA